CAGACACUUUCCAGUCAGAGGACAGACAGUCAGUCAGACAGACAGACAGGCGGACGCUUCUCUCAACCAGUCAGGAUGUCUAUCACUAAGAUUCACGCCCGUGAGAUCCUGGACUCCAGGGGAAACCCCACAGUGGAGGUAGACCUGUACACUGCCAAGGGUCUCUUCAGGGCUGCCGUCCCCAGCGGAGCUUCGACAGGUAUCCAUGAAGCUCUGGAGCUCAGAGACGGAGACAAGAGCCGCUACCUGGGGAAAGGUACGGUGAAGGCUGUGGAUCAUGUGAACAAAGACAUCGCCCCCAAACUGAUCGAGAAGAACUUCAGUGUUGUUGAGCAGGAGAAGAUCGACAAAUUCAUGCUGGAGCUGGACGGCACCGAGAACAAAUCUCAGUUUGGAGCUAAUGCUAUCCUGGGCGUGUCUCUGGCGGUGUGUAAGGCCGGUGCCGCGGAGAAAGGCGUCCCUCUUUACCGCCACAUCGCCGACCUGGCCGGGAACAAAGACGUCAUCCUUCCUGUUCCUGCCUUCAACGUGAUUAACGGCGGCAGCCAUGCUGGGAACAAGCUGGCGAUGCAGGAGUUCAUGAUCCUUCCUGUCGGAGCCGCCAACUUCCACGAGGCCAUGAGGAUCGGAGCCGAGGUGUACCACAACCUGAAGAACGUCAUCAAGGCCAAGUACGGGCAAGACGCCACCAACGUGGGAGACGAGGGAGGAUUCGCCCCCAACAUCCUGGAGAACAACGAGGCUCUGGAGCUCCUGAAGACGGCCAUUGAGAAGGCCGGCUACCCCGAUAAGAUCAUCAUCGGGAUGGACGUCGCCGCCUCCGAGUUCUACCGCAGUGGGAAAUACGACCUGGACUUCAAGUCCCCAGACGACCCGGCAAGACAUAUCAGUGGAGAUCAGCUUGGAGACCUGUACCGCAGCUUCAUCAAGGGAUACCCCGUCCAGUCCAUCGAGGAUCCAUUUGACCAGGACGACUGGGAGAACUGGGCCAAGUUCACCGCCUCCACAGACAUCCAGAUCGUAGGAGACGACCUGACGGUGACCAAUCCCAAGAGGAUCCAGCAGGCUGUCGACAAGAAGGCCUGCAACUGUUUGUUGCUCAAAGUCAACCAGAUCGGCUCCGUGACCGAGUCCAUCCAGGC